UUCAGUUUUGGCACUGAAUCGAUGAUUAUUUUACUUCAAAAUAGAACUCUGGAAGCCAUAGCUUACAUUUUGGGAUUGUUUUUCGGAGAUUUAUAACAGGAUUACUUUAUUACAUAUUUUAUUUUUUGGGAGAAAUAAACUGCUUUGACUUUGAUGCAGAGAUGUAUUUAUAUUUUGUUUUGCUUAUUGGAGGAUUAUUCCAAAUUAACAGCAUUAAUCUAAAUGCUCUUCCAUCUAAUGAGCUAAAUAGUGGAAACAAAAUGGAUUUGAACUGCUCUGUGAAACUUGCAAAAAAUGGAGAUUUUAAGCUAAAAUACCAUUUUUUCUUCUACAAAAAUGAUGAUUUGUUCUACAAUGUCAGCUCCAACAAAGAAGCAGUAUUCUACACCAUCAAUCAGACCCGGGUGUCCAACUCUGGAAUUUAUACAUGUAAAGUGGUUGUGGAAGACAAGGAAAAAACUACUGAUGAAACACAAGUUAAUAUAACUGGACUACCUAAACCAAUAUUAAAGCUUUCUACGAAUAGUGCGAAAGAGGGGGAAGAAGUUUCAAUGACCUGUGAAAUUCCAGAAGAGGCCUCAAUGUAUUAUUUUACUUUCUACAAGACUAAGAAUGAAGAGAAAACAAUAAUCAAAAGCAAAUUUACUACAACCAAUCAAUUCAAAACUACCUAUACUUUUCUUGCUGGAGAGAGGGAAUUAGGGUUUGAGUGUACAGUAAAACUCCAGUUUGCAACAAAGGAUGAAAUGUCACAGCCCAGUGAUCGGCAGAUGGUGGCAGUUGCUGUAUUCCAAAUUAACAGCAUUAAUCUAAAUGCUCUUCCAUCUAAUGAGCUAAAGAGUGGAAACAAAAUGGAUUUGAACUGCUCUGUGAAACUUGCAAAAAAUGGAGAUUUUAAGCUAAAAUACAAUUUUUUCUUCUACAAAAAUGAUGAUUUGUUCUACAAUGUCAGCUCCAACAAAGAAGCAGUAUUCUACACCAUCAAUCAGACCCGGGUGUCCAACUCUGGAAUUUAUACAUGUAAAGUGGUUGUGGAAGACAAGGAAAAAACUACUGAUGAAAGACUACAAGUUAAUAUAACUGGGGGGACAACCAAUGCAGAAAACAUAUUCCAAAUUAACAGCAUUGAUCUAAAUGUUCUUCCAUCUAAUGAGCUAAAAAGUGGAAACAAAAUGGAUUUGAACUGCUCUGUGGAACUUGCAAAAAAUAAAGAAUUUCAGCUGAAAUACCAUUUUUUCUUCUACAAAAAUGAUGAUUUGUUCUACAAUGUCAGCUCCAACACAGAAGCAGUAUUCUACACCAUCAAUCAGACCCGGGUGUCCAACUCUGGAAUUUAUACAUGUAAAGUGGUUGUGGAAGACAAGGAAAAAACUACUGAUGAAAGACAAGUUAAUAUAACUGGACUACCUAAACCAAUAUUAAACCUUUCUACGAAUAGUGCGAAAGAGGGGGAAGAAGUUUCAAUGACCUGUGAAAUUCCAGAAGAGGCCACAAUGUAUUAUUUUACUUUCUACAAGACUAAGAACGAAGAGAAAACAAUAAUCAAAAGCAAAUUUACUACAACCAAUCAAUUCAAAACUACCUAUACUUUUCUUGCUGGAGAGAGGGAAGUAAGGUUUGAGUGUACAGUAAAACUCCAGUUUGCAACAAAGGAUGAGAUGUCACAGCCCAGUGAUCGACAGAUGGUGGCAGUUGCUGAACCUUUUUCUACUCCGAAAAUGUACGUCUAUCCUUCAACGAACAUCACCGAAGGGCAAAACAUAACUGUGACAUGCUCCAUAAUAAAGUCCUCAAUUCGAUCUAAAAUUGAUUCAAAUCCUGUGGAAAUAACAAUUCAGAAGGACAAGGUUAUUUUGGUGAGCUCCAAGGAAGAAACUGCAAUAUAUUUUCAGCUCGCCACUGUAAACCAAAUGGGCAACUACACAUGCAAAGCAGAAUUAAAUAGCAUUAUGAAAACUGCCAAUGUCUACAUACAUGUUACAGAGUUAUUUCCAAAGCCUCGUCUUAAUUCAAGUAUCCAAAGUUCAGAUAUCAAUGAAGGAAGUAUAUUAUCUUUCUCAUGCUUUGUUCCUGGGUUUGCACACAAUGAAAGUUAUUACUUGCUGAGGAAUAAAGCAACUAGAAUAGUAAUGAACAAGGAUGGACAAUACAGCAUAAGGGCAAUGGAGAAUAACGCUGGUUCUUAUGUGUGUGAGGUUACAAUAUCAAAUAUCACCAAAAAAAGCAACUCAAUCAACGUCACAGUAUAUGCUCCUGUCUCCAAGCCAGUUCUCACACAUAUUAACAAAAGUAACAGGAUGGUGGUACUGGGACAGACCCUCGAACUGAGCUGCAAAUCUGAACAUGGGACUCAUCCUAUAAAUUACUCCUUGUCAAGAGAAGAUGAAAAUCUUGGAAAAAUAGAAGUGUACAAGAACGAAGCAGCCGUAUUUAAAGUUAACGUCACCAAGCAACAUGAUUUGCGGCAGUACACAUGCAAAGCUGAAAACAGGAAUACAGCCUCCAGACAAAGCAGCGACACUAUAAACAUCACUGUCAUUACUCCAGUCAGUAAUGUUACUCUCACAAUUAUUCCAUCCAAUGGAGAAGUGGAAGAGGGGGCAGAAUUAACACUGAUAUGCAAAGUACAAAAGGGAUCGUUGCCAAUUUACUUUAGUUUUUAUGUGAAAAAAGGAAAAGAUGAGUUUUUGCACAACACAACCAAAGAUAAUGAAGACUUUGCAGAACAUGAAAUACAGUCAUUCAGCAAACAACGUGAUGGAAGCUAUUACUGUAUAGCCUCAAACAAAGCCGGCCACCAAAUACAGAGUAAUCCUCUGCCUGUGAGAGGUGUCCUAGCCAGAUGGAAGAAAGGAAUUAUCAGCUGCUUUGUUAUUUUUAUUAUUAUAGCUGCAAUAGGCAUCAUCAUCUACUUAUAUGUGGACAGGAAGAAAAAAGACCGAGGAGCUACACUGGACAAUGCAAGAACUACAAACUCCACCAAUUCCAACCCAGAGAAGUUAACAAUCAAAAAUGAAGAGGUUUCCUACUUCGUUUCUGGGACUAGCCAAACUGAGGAUGAAAAUCACGUUGAUAAAAUGGCAGAGGAAAAAACAGGGAACAGCAAGGAAAACUGUGAAGUGGAGUACACAGAAGUGGAUGUAGCAUUACCAAACACUCACCUAGCUCCAGGGACAGACAAGAAGGGGACAGAUGCAGUAUAUAGUGAAAUCAGAAAGUCUAACCAUGAUGCUGCUGAAAAUAAUUUGAAUAGAAUAAACGACUCUCCUCCUGAUGCGACCUAGUGGCUCAUUUAAUAAAGAUCUGAUAUCAAAGAGAGAAGCAGAUGUCAACUGUUUUGCACUUAUUUAUAAAAGAAAACUACAGACUUUUCCAGUGUAAAUCAGUACCUCAAAUAACUAUGCAAAGUGUUAGUAAUUUUUUUUAUCAAGAAUUGGAAAAAUAAUUAUUAAAGGGACAUUGUAAACAA